CAGGCGGCCGCGAAGAUGGACGAUUUGCAGGACUUGGACGAGGAGUGGCGUUGCGGCUUGGCUACCUCCGUGAGGACCCAUUCCGGGGUCUUGGGGGCCAGGAUUUGGCGGGUGGGGAGGAGCGACCCAGCCGGCCCCGACUUCCCAGAGGGGAUUCAGGGCGGCAGGCCUCGCCGGAGGGCCAAGAUGGGUCGCCGAGCUCAACAGGAGUCACCUCAGGCCGAGAAUCACCUCAAUGGCAAGAAUUCCUCUUUGACUCUGACUGGAGAGACUUCCCCUCCCCCACUUCCUCGCUGCCGAAAAGGAGGCUGGGCAGACAAUUCUGCGAAGUCUUCAAAGUUUAGGAGGAAAGCUGCUGAAGAAAUAGAAGAUAUUCGCCUCAAACAGCAGAGCCUGAAUGGAUCAGAUUGCGAAGGAGAUAUGCCUAUCAUUCCGGAUCUGGAGGAAGUACAAGAAGAAGACUUUGUUUUGCAGGUGGCAGCCCCUCCCAGCAUUCAGGUAAAGCAGGUGAUGACCUACCGAGACCUAGACAAUGACCUCAUGAAGUACUCAGCCAUUCAGACGUUGGAUGGGGAGAUCGACCUGAAACUCCUCACCAAAGUGCUUGCGCCAGAGCACGAAGUCCGGGAGGAUGACGUCGGCUGGGACUGGGACCAUCUGUUCACUGAGGUGUCCUCAGAGACCCUCACUGAGUGGGACCCACUGCAAACAGAGAAGGAGGAACCUGCGGGGCAACCCAGGCACACCUGAGCCCGUCACCCACUCUCUAGACAUGAAAAAAUACAGUGCGCUUAAAGCUAAAGAAGCUUGCGAGCAGCUCCAAAUUUUUACAUAUUUUGUAAUAAAAAUAUUUAUAUUCAGUCAACCACAUUGGAUAAUUCAAUUGCAAUAAAUUGCUUUAUCCUGUGCCA